AUGUCUGUACUGAGUGUCUCAGUUUCUUCUACUCACUCAUUCUCCAAGUCUCCUGUUCCCGCUAUCACUCUCCUGGAGGAUCUCGGUGUGAAGGGCGACGCUCAUGCUGGCAUGAAUGUCCAACACCUCUCCCGCACUCACAUAACACCUCCUCCCCGUAACCUUCGCCAGGUGCACCUCAUUCAUUCCGAGGUCCUUACUGAAGCCGCAAAUGGCACACCGUUGACAUAUGGGGCGCUGGGUGAAAAUAUCACUACGUCAGGAAUUGAUCUGCUAGCCCUGGGCCAAGGGACGAAGCUACGGUUCGUGGAUGCCAGUAGCGGGGCUGUGCCCGCCGGUGCGCCGGUGAUAUCUGUGACUGGGUUGAGAAACCCAUGCCCACAAAUUGACAAGUACCGUGCCGGGCUGAAAGAAAGGUUUUUCGUGCGAGAUUCGGAGAGGAAGAUCGUGGGACGGAAGGCAGGCAUUAUGGCUGUUGUGGAAGUGGGCGGUGAAGUGAGACCAGGUAUGAGAAUUGUUGUAGAGAAGCCUGCGUCCCACACCCCGCUGGAGUGCGUCUGA